CGGAUCAGAGGGCACAGACUGACGGAGGGACAGGACCAUCAGCUCUUCUGCUCCUGGAUAAAACACACUGACCGCACAACAGGGGUGUUGAAUAUCCAGCUUAAAGAAGAGACGUAGACUCCCCAAACACACAGACAUGACUGCAUGCAUAUUUCUACGCGGAGCCAAAAUUGACCGAGAGCUGGCGGAUGAUGAGAUUGAAGAGUUGCGUGAGGCCUUUAAUGAGUUUGACAAAGAUAAGGAUGGUCUGAUCAGCUGUAAGGAUCUGGGGAACCUGAUGAGGACGAUGGGCUACAUGCCCACCGAGAUGGAGCUGAUCGAGCUGGGCCAGAACAUCAACAUGAACCUGGGAGGCCGUGUGGACUUCGAGGACUUUGUGGAGCUCAUGACCCCGAAGCUUUUGGCAGAAACCGCAGGAAUGAUCGGCGUGAAGGAGCUCAGAGACGCUUUCAAAGAGUUUGAUAUGGACGGUGACGGUGCGAUCACCACUGAAGAACUGCGCUGUGCGAUGACGAAAUUACUGGGUGAACACAUGAACCGCAGAGAGAUCGACGCCGUCGUCCGAGAGGCCGAUAAUAACGGUGACGGAACUGUAGAUUUUGAAGAAUUUGUGAAGAUGUUGUCGAGUGUGUGAGAACGUCACCUUGGGUGCUGGAGAUUCACAAGAUAUAAAGCAAAGCGUCUAAUGCCAAGCCAGUGCAAAAGAUAUGCAUAUAUGCACAUUUUUUUUUUAAAAUCCACAUGGAAAAAAAUCCUGACAACUAUGCAAAAGAUAAAUAAAUAAAUAAAUCUGGAUUUUAUGCAAUGCAGAUAUUGAUCUGAGAUCUGAAUAUGCAACAUUUUUUUCUAAUUUUAAGUUUAAUAGCAUGAAGCUUUUAUCUACGUUUUUUGUGAACGUGUUUAUUUUGACAAAAAUUAAAAAACCAUUUAAUUAAUACAUAUAUUAAUUAGAAUAAAUAUAUGCAAUUCUUUUUUACUUUUAUCACAGAACAAAUUGCUUUCAGUAUCAAUUUACUAGUGAAAUUAUAAACAAGUCUAAUAUCAUAACACUCCCCUCUGUAUUUUCUUCUUUUUAAACAAUAUUUGCUUUUUCAUUCAUUCAUUCAUUUUCUUGUCGGCUUAGUCCCUUUAUUAAUCCGGGGUCGCCACAGCGGAAUGAACCGCCAACUUAUCCAGCAAGUUUUUACGCAGCGGAUGCCCUUCCAGCCGCAACCCAUCUCUGGGAAACAAUAUUUGCUUUGUAAAAUGAAAUUAAUGAUGCAAUGCGUUUUCUGUUUUUUUAUAUUUGAAAGUGUUAAAUGAAAUGAAAUAUGUAUUAAAUUAAAAAGCUAUUAAAAUGGAAAAGUUUUACAUUUAUAUAUAUAUUGCACAAAUAUAUACAUAUAUAAAUAAAUAAAUAUAUAAAUAUAUAAAUAUUUAAAAACAGUAGUGUGCAGAAACAUUACCCUCAAACUAUGCAAAAUUGUUUGGCUUUUAGUCCUGUACAGAGCUCCUGAUCUGAGAUGUGGGAUAUUCAAACAACAUUUGCUCAAUAAAGUGCAGAAGGAGUGAAUAAAUGACA